CGUUGGGGGCGGAAAUGACGGGAGCGGUGCUAGUGGGGUAGUUGGCGGGUGGAUGAGCAGGGCUGGUCGCCAUGUCCGCGGGGAGCGCGACACAUCCUGGAGCCGGCGGACGUCGCAGCAAAUGGGACCAACCAGCGCCAGCACCUCUUCUUUAUCUUCCACCUGUAGCUCAAGGUGGGGAGGUUACCAGCAGUGGGGGGAAUCCUGGGAGCUCCACAGCUGCUCCCUCUGGAGCCUUGGAUGCUGCUGCUGCUGUGGCUGCCAAGAUCAAUGCCAUGCUCAUGGCCAAAGGGAAGCUGAAACCAACUCAGAAUGCUGCUGAAAAGCUUCAGGCUCCUGGCAAAGGCCUAACUAGCAAUAAAAGCAAGGAUGACCUGGUGGUAGCUGAAGUAGAAAUCAAUGAUGUGCCUCUCACAUGUAGGAACUUGCUGACUCGAGGACAGACUCAAGACGAGAUCAGCCGGCUUAGUGGGGCUGCAGUGUCAACUCGAGGGCGGUUCAUGACAACUGAGGAGAAGGCCAAAGUGGGACUAGGGGAUCGGCCAUUGUAUCUUCAUGUUCAGGGCCAGACACGGGAAUUAGUGGACAGAGCAGUAAACCGAAUCAAAGAAAUUAUCACCAAUGGGGUAGUGAAAGCUGCUACAGGGACUAGUCCAACUUUCAAUGGUGCAACAGUCACUGUCUAUCACCAGCCGGCACCUAUUGCACAACUGUCUCCAGCUGUUAGCCAGAAACCUCCCUUCCAGUCAGGGAUGCAUUAUGUUCAAGAUAAAUUAUUUGUGGGUCUAGAACAUGCUGUGCCCACGUUUAACGUCAAGGAAAAAGUGGAAGGUCCAGGUUGCUCCUAUUUGCAGCACAUUCAAAUUGAAACAGGUGCCAAAGUCUUCCUACGAGGCAAGGGUUCAGGCUGCAUUGAGCCAGCAUCUGGCCGAGAAGCUUUUGAACCUAUGUAUAUUUAUAUCAGUCAUCCCAAAUCUGAGGGCCUGGCUGCUGCCAAGAAGCUCUGUGAGAAUCUCUUGCAAACAGUUCAUGCUGAAUAUUCUAGAUUUGUGAAUCAGAUUAAUACUGCUGUACCUUUACCAGGCUAUACACAACCCUCUGCUAUAAGUAGUGUCCCUCCUCAGCCACCAUAUUAUCCAUCCAAUGGCUAUCAGUCUGGUUACCCUGUUGUUCCCCCUCCUCAGCAGCCAGUUCAACCUCCCUAUGGAGUCCCAAGCAUAGUGCCACCUGCUGUUUCAUUGGCACCUGGAGUCUUGCCAGCAUUACCUACUGGAGUCCCACCUGUGCCAACACAAUACCCGAUAACACAAGUGCAGCCUCCAGCUAGCACUGGACAGAAUCCGAUGAGUGGGCCUUUUAUUCCUGCUGCUCCUGUCAAAACUGCCUUGCCGGCUGGUCCCCAGCCCCCGCCCCAGCCCCAGCCCCAGCCCCCACUCCCAACUCAACCCCAGGCACAGAAGAGGCGAUUCACAGAGGAGCUACCAGAUGAACGAGAAUCUGGACUUCUUGGAUACCAGCAUGGACCCAUUCAUAUGACUAAUUUAGGUACAGGCUUCUCCAGUCAGAAUGAGAUUGAAGGUGCAGGAUCGAAGCUGGCAAGUUCCUCAGGCAAAGAGCGAGAGAGGGACAGGCAGUUGAUGCCUCCACCAGCCUUCCCAGUGACUGGAAUAAAAUCAGAGUCUGAUGAAAGGAAUGGGUCUGGGACCUUAACAGGGAGUCAUGAUUAUCCAGUGAAGAAGAUGAAAACUGCGGAGAAGGGAUUUGGUUUGGUGGCUUAUGCUGCAGAUUCAUCUGAUGAAGAGGAGGAACACGGAGGUCAUAAAAAUGCAAGUAGUUUUCCACAGGGCUGGAGUUUGGGAUAUCAGUACCCUUCAUCACAACCACGAGCUAAACAACAGAUGCCAUUCUGGAUGGCCCCGUAGGAAAUACUGGAACUGACUUUUGACCUUCGGUGACUCUUCUUUAGCAAUAAUGCAUGCAUUUGAUUUAACAAGACUCUGGGGCCUGUACUGGGAACCAUCUUGGACCUUUGCAGUGGACCUUUGCAGAAGUCCUUAGAGAUGCAGUGUCCCCUUUAUUGAAGGGGUUCCAGUCUUUUUUAAAACAUCCUUAAUUCUGCAGUGGCAUAGCAUCUGUUAAAAUUUACAUAGAAUCACAAACUUGUCUCUGAAGCUUUUUAAUGGUUGGUGAAAUGUGCUUAUGCAACAAAGCAUCCCAACAGGGUCAUUCCCAUAUACAUUUGAUCUCAUCCAGCCUUUUCCAAACAAAUAGCCCCUAUCUGACAUAGAAGAAGGUUUUUAUUUAUAUUUUACUACUGCUUGGUCAAUUUUGAUAAUGACUGGUUACAAAAAAAGCCUUAUUCUUCGUGAGGGAAUUAUUUUAAGACAUCCUUUUAGUACUUAAGAUCUAAGAAAAACUCGUCCCUAUUUCAUUUUUGGAUUCUGUUUUGGAAAAUGCAGUUUUACUAGUACAGUUGGAUAUGGCUGGAUCCAGGGGUAAGGGAAGGGUUAUAUUCUUUCUCCUGUUGUGUCUUUUGGGAUGAUCCAAAGCUGGCACUUUUCAGGCACACUUGUCCCAGAUAGCCAUUGCUGUUUUUAUUGCCCUUCUAAGCUCCUUGUCUUCAGCUGGGUCAAAGAAAACUACUUGAUCAAAAACUCAUCACAGAAAUGAAACAGUGGUCUGUCUCUCUCAGAACUGGUUGCAGCUAAAAAAGAGAUGUGACUGCUGGCAAUAGGAUGGUGGACUGAAAUUGCAACUUGUCCUUUUUCUUGGCAUUACAGGUUUUGCCAAAAGAACUUUUUUGUAUCAAAUAUUGAUGUAUGAAAUUGAAGGAGCUAGUCUGCUGAACCAGGAGUAGUUUGAGAUACUGAACUGUCACUUUUGCACAUUUGAAUAUUUUGCAGGCUGGCUUUGUACAAAUUGAUCCUCUGGUUUCCUAUAUGUUGUAAAUAUUUAGACCAUAAUUUCAUUAUAAAUAAAUGUAUAAAUAUUCUG